GCCUCCCUUCGCUCCCCCCACAGGCGCGGCGGCGGCAGCGCGGCCGCGGGACCGGUGACAGAGACGAAGUGGCAUGAGGGAUUGGACUGUGCGCUCCACUGAUUGACUGACAGGAGAAUUAAUCCUAGGGAAGACUGAAGUAACCUUCAGGAUGGUGAAAGAAGAGUCCCCGAGUAUCUCAAAGGACUUGCAAGAGUUACAGAGGAAGCUGUCUUUGCUGAUAGAGUCUUUCAAGAAUAACUCAAAGGUGGUGGCCUUCAUGAAGUCUCCAGCGGCUCAGUACCUGGACAGGCAUCCUUUCCUGGCCCUAACCCUGCUGGUGUUCCUUGUCAUGUCGGCCCUUCCGGUUGGGUUCUUCUUGUUCUUUGUGGUGCUGACCUUCUUGGCUGCUCUUGUGGGAGUCAUAUUAGUGGAAGGACUGGUCAUCUCCGUGGGUGGCCUCUCACUGCUUUGUGUCCUCUGUGGCUUGAGCUUUGUGUCACUCGCCAUAUCGGGGGCAAUCGUAGUAUCCUACGUGGUGGUCUCAAGCCUCAUCAGGUUCUGGUUUUCUCCCAGACCCCCAUCACAGCAAAAUGCCAGUGGCGACUGUCAGCUGGCUAUGAAGUCUGCAGACUUUGAGGGACUCUACCAGGAAUGACCGACGGAACAGAACCAGAGCCCUUUUCCAAGCACCUCAGGAAAGCUGUUGGAUCACGCCCACUCUGUGGGGUCAUGACUCAAAAGAAGCUGUCUGAGUAGUCAAGACGCUCCUUAGAUGUCUUCUGGCUUUUCCACUUUAGUGUUUGUUGGAUCCUGCAGCGGCCAAGUUGGCCAGGGUGAUGUGUCACCUCCCACUCAAGUGUGUGGUCUUGACCUUGGCAGGGAUCUGGGUUAAGACCUAGAGCCUCAGGGCUUAUGUCUACAGACCCAAGAGGAGGCAGCAAUGGGUUUCUUUUCGUUUUAUUUUUGUGUUUAGAAAUGCGGGGAGCUGUUUAUUUUUGUCACUCAUUUAAAACAAGAGGUAAAAAGUAUCCUAAAACAGAGCAGGCUCUUCUGCCUUAUUCACUAUUCACUUUCAGUCAGAAAGCAUUGUACCAUUUGGGAAUAACAGCCUCUCAAAUUUGGAAAAUAGAAUCCAAACUUAACUAUAUAGCCAAGAGUCUUUUUAAAAUAAGUCUUAAAGGCCUGCUUUGCACUGUUACUGUUGAAUACUCAAUCCUGUUAAUUUUUUUACAUAUUUGUACUUGAUAUUUUUGUAUUGUUUUAAAGAACUUACCCUGUUAAGAUAUGUCUUCCAAAAAGAUUGGUAAAGGACUACAAAAUAAAAAUAAAACAUC